UCGGCGCUGCAAUAGCGGCCCCAGCAGCAGCGGCGGCCCCUGCCCAGCCAGCCCCGCCGCCCGCGCCCGUCCGUGCCGGCCCCAGAGGCAGCGCCGUGGCGGGACCCGGAGACUGUACCAGCCGAGAAGCGCCGCGCCGCCGGGCGCCCAGCAGUCCGAUGGGGCCGCAGCGGCCGCUGCCCCUGGCCGCGACCGCCCUGCUCUGGAGCUUCCUGCUCCCGCUGACAGCUGCUCAGGAAGCAAUCCUACAUGCGUCUGGAGAUGGCAAACCUGUACCGUCUAAGGACUACUGCAUGCUCUAUAACCCUCGUUGGACAGAUCUUCCAAGUACCCUAGAAAAUGCAACUUCCAUCAGUUUGAUGAAUCUGACUACCACACCAUUGUGCAAUCUUUCUGAUAUUCCACCUGAAGGAAUAAAGAGCAAAGCAGUUGUGGUACAGUGGGGAACCUGCCAUUUUCUUGAAAAAGCCAGAAUUGCAAAAACAGGAGGUGCUGAAGCAUUAUUGGUUGCCAAUAACAGUGUCCUAUUUCCUCCCUCAGGGAACAAAUCUGAAUUUCAUGAUGUGAAAAUAGUGAUUGCAUUUAUAAACUACAAAGAUUUUAAAGAUAUGAAGCAGACUCUUGGAGAUAACAUUACUGUGAAAAUGUAUUCUCCAUCGUGGCCCAACUUUGACUAUACUAUGGUAGUUAUUUUUGUAAUUGCUGUGUUCACUGUGGCAUUAGGAGGCUAUUGGAGUGGUCUAAUUGAAUUGGAGAACAUGAAGGCCGUGACAAACACUGAAGAUAGAGAAAUGAGGAGAAAGAAGGAAGAAUAUUUAACUUUUAGUCCUCUAACAGUUGUAAUAUUUGUGGUCAUCUGCUGUGUUAUGAUGGUCUUACUUUAUUUCUUCUACAAAUGGUUGGUUUAUGUUAUGAUAGCAAUUUUCUGCAUAGCAUCAGCAAUGAGUCUGUACAACUGUCUUGCUGCACUAAUUCAUAAGAUACCCUGUGGACAAUGCGCGAUUACAUUUCGUGGCAAAAGCAUUGAAGUGAGACUUAUCUUUCUCUCUGGACUAUGCGUAGCAAUAUCUGUUGUUUGGGCUGUAUUUAGAAAUGAAGAUAGGUGGGCUUGGAUUUUACAGGAUAUCUUGGGGAUUGCUUUCUGUCUGAAUUUAAUUAAAACACUGAAGUUACCCAACUUCAAGUCAUGUGUGAUACUGCUAGGCCUUCUCCUCCUCUAUGAUGUAUUUUUUGUUUUCAUAACACCAUUCAUCACAAAGAAUGGCGAGAGCAUCAUGGUUGAACUUGCAGCUGGACCUUUUGGAAAUAAUGAAAAGUUACCGGUAGUCAUCAGGGUACCAAAGCUGGCCUAUUUCUCAGUAAUGAGUGUGUGCCUCAUGCCAGUUUCAAUACUGGGUUUUGGAGACAUUAUUGUACCAGGACUGUUGGUUGCAUACUGUAGAAGAUUUGAUGUUCAGACUGGUUCUUCUUCUAUAUACUAUGUUUCCUCCACAAUUGCCUAUUCUGUUGGCAUGAUACUUACAUUUGUGGUUCUGGUGCUGAUGAAAAAGGGGCAACCUGCUCUCCUCUAUUUAGUUCCUUGCACACUUAUUACUGCCUCAGUUGUUGCUUGGAGACGUAAGGAAAUGAAAAAGUUCUGGAAAGGUAACGGCUAUCAGGUGAUGGGCCACCUGGACUAUGCAACAAAUGAAGAAAGCCCUGUGGCUGCUGGCGAACAGAAUGUCCAACAAUAAUAUUUUGUAGACCUGUCAAUUGAUUUUCUACAAAUAGAGUUUGACUUUUGAAAUUGAUUUUUGAAUUGACAGUCUGAAAGAAGCUUCAAUGAUAUGCUUGCAAAUAUAUAUUUUUAAAGAUCUGGUACUGACAAUUACAUCAAAUAGUUGAAAUACAUUUGCUUUUAACUAUGUUAAAGUUGUGCCUUCACAUUAAAUAAAAGCGUAUGGUCUGUGUAAUUUUCAAGAUCUAUUAUACACAGUAUAUUUUUCUAAAAAACUGUCUUGACCCACCCCUCUACUAAAAUCUGUUUCUUUCAACUCUUAAUGAUAGAUAAAAGUAUUUCUGUCAAGGUGAGUUUAUGAACAGAUUUUACUGUAAAGAAUUACAUUAACUUUAUGCUCUAUAGAAAUAACUGCUUAAGAUCAUGCUAGAAGGCAGUUCAGCGAUGAAAUUUUGGAUCUUUUCACUGCAGAGGUUAGAAAAAUAGGAUUUGGGAAUAUCUAUAAAUGCGUAUUUUUGUAGCAUAAGGUUUUUUUUAAAAAAUCCCAGUCUUUUUUUAAACUUGAAAAUCUGAAUUACUUUAGUCUGCCUAUGUAUUAUAUUAAAAUAUUUUUCCAGAUAUAAAGAAACAUAAUAUAUAGAACUAGUCUUCAGUUUUCAGUGGUCUGUUUUUCUUGAAGAGGUAGCUUAAAUUUCUACACUAACAUUCAAUUUCACCAUGGUAUUUCUUACCUCUGGAAUUUGGUUCUUUUGGUGUUAAGGCUUGACAUUUUGUAAAAUAUUUUUUAGUCAACUUUUAUAUUAACACAUGUGGCUCAUUGUGUGAGUGUAACAUCCCUAACCAUCUCUUCUUACCCCCUCAUCCACCACCUUUUUUUCCCCUAAUUCCCACUCUUUUCCCCAUAGGAAAGCACUGUUAAUUUUUUAAUAUUUUGAUGGAGGAUGACUUACUAAUAUACAAAGUGUGCUCCAGAGGAAAGAAUUGGAGACAAAAGACAGGAGGCUGGGUUAGUCUCAAUUUAAUGACAAUAAAAGAAUUUGAGUAAAUUGUCUUAGCUUAAAACCCUUGUAAUCUCAGUUUUCUCAUCUGCAAAAUGAGUAAUUUAGACCAAUUAAUCACUCUGGUACCUGGUGGUACCUUCCAACUUGAAAAAUAUCUUUCUCAUUCUUUGCCAAAUCUCAAAUGUGGCCUUGAACAUUAUCCUGGGAGUCAGAAGUCAAAGUAUCUUUCUACUGUCGUUUAUUUUCUUUGAGAAAUUCCCAGGGGUGCCUGGGUGGCUCAGUCAGUUGAGCGUCCAACUUCAGCUCAAGUCAUGAUCUCACGUUUGAUGUUUCAAGCCCCGUGUCUGGCUCUGUGCUGACUGCUCAGAUCCUGGAGCCUGCUUCAGAUUCUGUGUCUCCCUCUCUCUCUCCCCCUCCUCCACUUGUGCUCUCUGUCUCUCUCUCUUAAAAAUAAAUAAACAUUUAAAAAAAAAUUCCCAAAUGAUGAGUGACUGCAACAACAGGAUUUUGCAUUUCCCUGCAAGUAAUGUACAAGAUUGUGAACAAGUCUGAUCUUUCAUCUUUAGACCAUUUCUCUGAUUAAAAGAUAAAGCUAAUGCUUUUUAAAGCAUUUAUGUUUGAAGUAAAUUUAACAUUUGAGGCAUUAGUUGCUUUUGUUUAAUUAAUUUUUGCUGAGUAAACUGUAGGUAGAGCAGCUCCCUUAACAAUGAGCCCCUCUUUCCACUUAGUAUACUCAUGGGUCCUUUGGUUUAUGGCAAUAUGACAGGUAAGUAUCUGACAAGUAAGAGUUAAUCUUAAUUUUGCCUCCAUAAUAUCAAGUUUGAAUUUUUUCCAAAGAAUCUAAUUUAUUUGGCAGACUCUGAUAGAACAGAUUAAGUGCCAUUUUAAAGCUCCAGCUAUAUUUUCAUUUAUAAUAUCAGUAAGAUGUUUGCCAAAAUAGAGCUUUUUUAGUAAAAUUAUCUGUACUCAUCCCAACUUUCUGAUACUUUAAAGCCUCAACCACAUUUUAUGAAGAGCAUUUUACAUCUAGAAAUCUUAAAUCUUAGUUAUUUGAUACAAAUUCAACUUUAUCCAACCGUAAGUUAUCAAAGAAGUAAAACUUUGUUCUAGUUUGCUAUUGAGAUCCUAUUGAUUAAUAAAAAUAAGAAACAGAGUGAAAUUCUCCAAGUUUCUCCAUUCUCGAUGUCAACUUUAUGUUGUAUUCUAAGACCCUCUCUAGCAACCUAGCUGGAAAUAUUUUAUUUUGGAAAUCAAAAUUAAGGAAGGAUGAGAGAUGAAAAUUGCUCCUUAAAAGGCCACGCGUGUCCUUUCUUCCUCUCUCAUCUUCCCACCACCUAUAACUUGUCGGGAAAGAGAGUUGGUUUUUUCCUGAACAUGUCUUUACAACAGUGAGAUAUAUUGCAAGAAAAAAAAAUAAUACUUUUUAGAAAUUCCCUGUGAACAUUUUGUAGCGUAUCAAACAAAGUAAUAUCUCAAAUUGUAGGGUAGGUGAUUUUUACUUUAAUUUAGACCAGCAAAGAUAAAUGUGAGGUUAAUGGUGAAAGACCUUGAUAUUCUAAUACAUUGUGUUUUUGUAGAUUUUUUUAGAUUAGCAAUACCUUUGUAGAAUCUGUGAUUUACUUUUGAAGGAAGAGAAUUCUGCUGUUGGCAUGUAUAGAUUUUAGUUUCAUGUCCGUAGAGAUUUUGGUGAAAUGGUAAAUUUAGAGUAAAUACAAAUGAACUUUCUAGUUUUUCUUUGCUCUUUUGAUUUCUGCCAUAGGUAUAAGCAAACAGUUGUUGUUUUGUUUUUUUGACUAAAGACAUUUGAACUAAUUUGAGUUAGGCUUGAUUUCUAGAAUUUCAGGCUGAUCUCCACCAAUGAGAUUUCAAAAACACAGGAAUUGCAUUUCAGACCAGUAGAAUGCACUGGUUUGAAAGGUUUUAUAUUUUCCCAUUAAUAAGGAAAAAAGUUGAAUUUAUUCAAGAUGAUGCCAAAUAACCUAUUCUACAGUUUUAAACUUUUUAUUUUCAGUGCUCUAUUUAUCUCAGAGGACAAUUUUAAAGGGGGAUGGAGAGGGUAAUAUAAAUGAAACCGAAAUACUGAAUAUAAGUACAUUUUGCUUCCUGGAAGAAAGAUACUCUGUAAAUUCCAGUGACCUAAAUCAAUUACUCAGCCUUUUGGAAUUUGAAAGAAAUUGUGCAGUACUCAUCGUUUGGGUUACUAAAAUUUCAGAGUAAAAAUGAUUGACAGAGUAAUAAACAGGCCAUAUUAUAGUGAAGACCAUAUAUAUAAAUUUCCUUGUUUAAUGUUCCCUUACUUAAGGACAGCCUUUGCAUCUAUGAAAAUGUUCAUUGGUGGAAAAAGUAUUUUUAAACUAAAUUUUUAGAAUAGUCCUCAUUGUCAAUUAAGAGGCAACAAAGAGGAAACAAAUGUAGAAUAUUUAAUGUCAUGUUUCUUUGAUUAGAAAAUUACAUAAAAAAUACUGUAAACAACUUCUAUUCCUUUGGAGUAUGGAUUUUUUUUUUUUUUAAUCUAAAGUUUAUCUGCUUAGCCUGUAAAAUUUCCCAGUAGGACAAAUCAUUGUAAAGUUUUUGCCUAUUUGAUAUCUUCUCUUGUAUUUUGUUCAAAUGAGAACGUUUUUAAAAAUGCAUAUGAUAGAAUUUUUACUUCUUAGAUGAUGGUUUGAGUGUGGAAUUCUUUUUUUAACACUUUGAUAUGUAAGUUGGUGCAAAUUA